AUGGAAAAAGUUUACAACAGCUCAACCGCAAACAGUAAAUCAAAUGGUUAUGCUCCAUCAAGCUGCUGGUUUUGCGUCAAGCGACAAAUUCGUUUCACAUCAAAUGAAUGUAGGUUGUGUGAAUUUCCAUUAGCAAAAUUAGAAGUCCAAUCUAAAACAAACAUUGAGAGUUCUAUUUGA